GGCUGGGGAAUUCAUGUGGAGGUCAGAGUGGAAGCAGGUGUGAGUGGGUCCAGCAGAAGGAGAUAUGGCUGCCAAAGUGUUUGAGUCCAUUGGCAAGUUCGGCCUGGCCUUAGCUGUUGCAGGAGGAGUGGUGAAUUCUGCCUUGUAUAAUGUGGAUGCUGGCCACAGAGCUGUCAUCUUUGACCGGUUCCGUGGAGUACAGGACAUUGUGGUAGGAGAAGGGACUCACUUUCUCAUCCCUUGGGUACAGAAACCUAUUAUCUUUGAUUGCCGCUCUCGACCACGUAAUGUGCCAGUAAUCACUGGUAGCAAAGAUUUACAGAAUGUCAACAUCACCCUGCGCAUCCUUUUCCGACCAGUCGCCAGCCAGCUUCCUCGCAUCUUCACCAGCAUUGGGGAGGACUAUGAUGAGCGGGUGCUACCGUCUAUCACUACAGAGAUCCUCAAGUCAGUGGUGGCUCGCUUUGAUGCUGGAGAACUGAUCACCCAGAGAGAGCUGGUCUCCAGACAGGUGAGCGAUGACCUAACAGAGCGAGCAGCAACCUUUGGGCUCAUCCUGGAUGACGUGUCCUUGACGCAUCUGACCUUCGGGAAGGAGUUCACAGAAGCAGUAGAAGCCAAACAGGUGGCUCAGCAGGAAGCAGAGAGAGCCAGAUUUGUGGUGGAAAAGGCUGAGCAGCAGAAGAAGGCGGCCAUCAUCUCCGCCGAGGGCGACUCCAAGGCAGCUGAGCUGAUUGCCAACUCGCUCGCCACAGCAGGCGACGGCCUCAUCGAGCUGCGCAAGCUGGAGGCUGCAGAGGACAUCGCGUACCAGCUGUCACGCUCUCGGAAUAUCACCUACCUGCCGGCUGGGCAGUCUGUGCUCCUGCAGCUGCCUCAGUGAGCCCUGCCUGGCCUGCCUGUCCUCGGGCCCCCACAGCCCUGACGACUCUUUAUACCACCAUCCUUCUGCCCCCACCCCAGAAAUCACUGUGAAAUUUCAUGAUUGGCUUAAAGUGAAGGAAAUAAAAGUGAAAUCACUUCAGAUCUCUAAUCACUAUCAGAUGAAGCCUUUUCAUUGUUCCUAUUUCCAUCCACUUUUUGAUCCACCACCCUCCCCCCCCCCCCCCCAAACUGCCAAGUGCCUACGUAGCCCAGGGCCGGUUGGCACUUCAGCCUAGGUACUGGUGCUUGGCAGGGGAGGCAGGGCUGUUGCACGCUGGGCCAGGGAACUCAGUGGCUGGCCUGAGCACGCUUAUAGCCUCCAGCCUGUCAUCCAUGCAAGAUUUGAGGAAGACGGCACACGCCCCUGAACCAGAAGUGCAGGUCUCUGUGCUUCCCAGGGGUUCUUCACAGACCCAGCUGAAGAGCUGCCGGGAGGGUCAGAGAGGAAGUAAUCUGUCUCUCACCAUAAGGCUGAUUCUCUCUUAACUGCGGGGCCAGCGGAAGCAGGUGUGAACAGCGGGGCAUGGACUGAAGCGUCUGCCCCUGUGAAGGUGGGUGGGCCUGAUGUGCUGCCCCCCACAGUCCUGCAGCCGGGAUGGACUUGGAGAGUGAGCAGGCAAGCCUGGAUGCUGACCUGAGUCCUGCUGAAGACUUCCUCUCCACCCCCCACCUCGGUGUCUCAAAAUCCCCGACGGAAUUCCAGCUUGAAGGAUUGCAUCCUGCCGAGUCUGAACACGCCUGCCAAAGACGUGUGCGUCCUGCGUUCCUGGCUCCCUUGUUCAGAGACUGCCCUUCCAGAGGGCUCUGUGCCUGGGCUUUGAAGGAAAUGGCCGUGGGAAGAAAAAAAAUGUGUGUAAACUGCUGUCAAUAAAUAACACCCAGAACCUUCCAGCUCAGU